CUUUAACACGCCGCCAUGCCAUCGAGUCCGUGCAUCCGGAUAGACGAAGAAUUGUCAAGUUCGAGAGUCAGAUGAGGAGGAGAUGAUUCAGAGCAGUUACCGCUUACAAUCACACGUGAUACACAAGAAGAAAAUUCUCCAACGCCACUUCCAACGUCCCUUCGUCCUUUUCUCGUCCCGCUCCUCCAGAGGUUCGUACGAGAAUGUCGGAUCUCUUGUGGACGAAGAAAUUCGGACUGAAAUGAGGAAAGAAAUUAAUCUUGCGCCGAGUGCAGGGAAGUGUAAUCGAGCCGAGCGUCUGUGUCUCACGCGGCGAGGGAAGCGUCUGGACUUUUAACUCCCUUAUCUCGCUGAUCAGUCUGCAUAAAGACAAUAAAAGAUGUUUCUGUGCACGCGCAGCGGGUCAGAAUACGCCAACCGCAUGUUGAUCACGUCGAUUUUGACUUAGCUUAGGCGACGAUGUCGAGGGAGAUGUUGUGCACCAAGAUAUGUGGAAUAAGGAUUAGAUUUUGAACCUGCUGACUUCGACCAAAUGAUUGGAUUAACUUAAUCAAGGAUUGAUUCAACCAGUGAAAUUGCUCGAGGCAGAAUUUUUAUUUCUGUAUGAAUCCAUGGUCCCUCAUCUCAUCUUUCUUCUUAUCUGUUUAACAAUGAAAGAUUGAUAAUUCUAUCUUUGUUAACAAAAUAAUACAGGAUGCUACUUGGAGACCAGUUGAAAUAUGAUACGCGAACUGCAGAUACAAAGAGCUGGCUUGAUUCUGCAAUUAAAAAAUAUGGAAAUAUUGUAACAAGAUCUUCUUCUCCUAUUUAUAAAAAAUUUAGAAAUUGGCAAAUAGAAUCUGAAAGGGAACGUUAUUGGGCUGCAUCUUGGUUGCUACCAACCGAAUCUAUUUCUAUUAUUAUAGUGGCUGUUUUGCUAAUGGUAUUAUUCAAACGAUGUCCUCGUACAGUAGCUACGAUUGUUACUGCAGUAAUCGGUAUGACUAUUAUAUUGAUAACUAUAUUAUCGCUUGAUCAGGAACCAGUUUAUACUUAAUGCAUUUAUACUAAAUAAUUAUUGAUUAUUAUAUCAUUAUAUAUAUUCCUUCCACAUUUAACUGAGUGUUCAAAACUAAUAUAUACAAGAAUUAUUGUAAUCAUAUAUAUUAUAUACAUUGAAUAAAUUGAUAUGUUACUUACUGUA